AUGGAGCUGAACGACGUGAUUGGUGGAAAUGUUGCGACUGACGGCGACCAUCUGGCUGGCCCGUGCGACGGCGACAUGGAAGGCGACAUGGAUGGCGACCUUUUGGAGGGAGACGACGUUCUGGGUGCGUCGUGGGAUGCGUGCGACCACACCGGCAAUCUCGAGGCAAUUCUCAGAUCGUCGUACCAGACCGCGAGGCACGCCCAAUCCGGUUCUGCGACAGGCCAGCAUCACUUGCAGUCUUCCAUCGCCGGAAUUCUCUCCCACAUUCACGCUUCCGCGGCCUCACCCGGAACGGCGGACGCGGGGAAGUUGCUCUGGGAAGGCCCGGCUGGCGAAUUCGAAGCCGCGCGUCGACGCGGGGUAUGCGAAUCUGAGCGACGAGGCGAAGGCGACGGCGCAAACGCGAAAUGUGCAACGGUUCCAGCCACGGCUGUUGCGGAGGCGACGGAGGGAGGUGGCACGGAGAGGGCUCGCGACACGGUUGAGAAGCUUAGCGUCGUGGAGGCUCCCCUCGCUACCACUUCUGCCACCGCCACCACAGCCACGCGUACCACCAAGAUAACCACUCCUCCCCGCUCCAACGCCACCCCUCCGCGGACCAACCCCACUCCUGCCCGCUGCACCCCCACUCCUCCCAAUUCCUCUGGCACUCCCGCUCGAAGCAUCCGGCCGUCACCGUUCCGCCGCCUCCCCUCGUCACCCGCCUUCUCCCCCGCUGCUCCCGCCGUCACCUCGUCCCCGUUGCCCUCCCAUCCCUGCGCUUUCCCUCCCGCCCCUCCCACCCAUCGCACCGUCCCGUACCCCUCACAACCGGGCCUCUCAUUCCCGCCUAGCCCCUCUCCUUUCCCUGCGCCCCCGCUCGCGCCUGCGCCAUCCGCGCAGCGCGGGCUGCCGCCCUAUCCGCGCCUGCCCUUCUUCGCCAACUACCACCAGGCCUAUCCCGCAGCCGCGCUUCCCCUUCCCCCCAUGCCCGCGAGCUUCUUAGCUGGCGCUGCUGGUGCCGCGGCCUCUGCUAGCAGUGCUGCCGCCGCUGGUACCUCUGGUGCUGCUAGUAGCCCUGCUGGCGAGGCAGCGGGUGCUGGUGCUGCAGGCGCAUCAGCGAAGGUAUCAACGCCCAGUCGAGUCGCUGCAUCUGCUGCGGUGAAUCCACCCAGCAAUGCACCCAUCAGCGCACCUAUCAGCGCAAACACAGUCGCGUCUACAGGGAAUGCUGUUCGUAUGGCUGCCGUUGGGCCUGUGCCUCCUCACAUGCCUGCUCGCACUCUCAUGCCCUUCCCUGGUACCACCAUGCCGGCACCCGCGUUCUUCCCAGGUGGCAGCAUGGGUCAACCAUACCCUCCUCCAUUCUUCUACCAAUCCCGGCUGCACUCCACUGCAUCAGCUGCUGCGCAUGCAUCAGCAGCAUCAGCUCCAACAGUAACUGCUGCGUCUUCUCGUGCUCCUUCUUCUACUGCUACUGCUGCUGCCGUGGCGGCAGCAGCAUUUCCUCCCAUGGGAGGAGUGCGAGGAUCCGCAGGGGCAGCUGGAAGCGCGAAAGGUGCCCAGCUCGCUGAUGGGUGGAUGAGCAAGCAGAUGUGGGUGCGUCAGGCCCAACAGGGGACUAGCUCUCAGCAGGAGCAGCAACUGCUGGGUCGGCAGAUGUACCUGUUUCACCGGCAGCAGCAGCUGAUGCGCACGCAGCAACAGAGGCAGCAGCAGCAGCAGCAGCAGCAGGAUAAGCAGCGGGAGAAGCAGAACGAGGUGCUGAAAGCAGAGCAGCAGGAGAAGCCAUUGAACAUGCACAGGACGGGCGAGACAAACCCACAACCUGUUGUACGCGCGAAGCAAGAAGCAGGUGGGGACGACACGACCCGCAGCGGCGAUAGCCGCCCUUGCACGCCAGCUGCCGCUGUUGCUGGUGCAACAGGUGAUACAGCCGCACUGUCUGCACCUGUUGCCACCACUGCACGCGCAUCUUCAAACCCUGGUGAAUCUGCUCGUCCUGUCCAGGCCGACGCCUCACUUGCUCCUUCCCCACCUGCAGCCGCACCUGCAGCAACGGACUUCAGUGAAAACCAGAUAGGACGUGACUGUAACGAGGGGAAGAAGAGGGCCCGUGAGGCACAGCAGGAGAUGGUGGAGGUGGGUGGAACGGACGCAGUUGGACAGGGGCGAAGCAAACGUCUCAGGACAGCAGAGGAGACUGUUAGGACCGAGCCCGAGGGAGAAGCCAAGGCAGGGGAUGCUUUCAUGGCAGAGGCAGCAGUGAAAGCGGAGCAGCAGGAUGGGUGUCAGGCCAAGGAGCCCUCACUGCAGCAUGCCGCUUCCUCCACCGAUGCAGCAGCAAGAGAGUCAGCAAGACGGUCGGCAGGAGGAGCUGGGCCAGCAGUUAACGAGAGAGCUGGUUCGAUGGAGUGCGGGGAAGAAGGCAUGGAAGUCGAGUCUGCCGCCUUGGGCCAGCUCUAUUCUACCAUUGCUCAGCUCGACGUCACCACCCGUGAUUGCAUUCGCAGUGCCCUCCUCCGCCUUGCCACCAGCGCUCAAUCCCGUGCCAUGUCACAAUCUGCCGCCACCGGCACCACCUCUGUUCCUGCUUCACCUGCUGCUUCUGUGCGCGAAUGUUCUGCUACCGAUGCUGCUCUUCAUGGCACCCCCGACCCCCACCUCCACCCACUCCUUCCCCGCAACGUCCCCUUCCUCUUCGCACUCCACCCACCCAGCAGCCUCAGCCUCACAAGCUCCAUCCCACUCGCACGUGCCAUCCCACUCGCAUGCAGCCUCGACGCUCCUCGUGCACUCCCACUCCGCCACCUCCCUCACUGCCUCUUUCUGCUCCUCUGCUACCCCCACCUCUAUUCCGCAAACUUCAUCCACACCACACGCUCACGCCACCAGCUCAGCCAGCCAGCUGGCGAGAUGUGGGUGAUUCCAGGUCAGCAUUCCCGUGGUGCUGGGGCGAUGCCUGCUGCAUCCCCAGCUGGUGCUGUCACUACUGCUGGAGAGGCCAGAUUAAGUCAGGGUUUGCAGCAGCGUGCGGUGAGUGGUGUGGGAAACGAUAAUCGCAAUCAUCCCUGCUUGACCUGUUAUUAG